AUGUAUGUGUUUUUUUUUAAUGCUAACGUAAUUGUUAUAUCUAUCAGCCUGUCUCUAUCCAUUUCCCUCUCUCUCUCUCUUUCUUACUCAAAUCUGUCUAAAAAAAUCAAUACUCCAUUCGUAUUUAUCCUCAUACUCACACAUUUCUGUCAUUCUUUGUCUUUGUAUCAAAACGUAUUUUUUUUUAAACUUCCGAUUCACUCAAACCAUAUCUAUCUAUCUAUCUAUCUAUCUAUCUAUCUAUCUAUCUAUCUAUCUCAAUUCUUUCUAUUUCUAUCGGAUUGUGAUUUUGACGGGAGGUGGACUGAAAAUCUAUCUAUCUAUCUAUCUAUCUAUCUAUCUACUCUAGUAGAUAUCUUUGUUCAUAUAAUACCCAGUAGAUUUCAUCGUUUAUUUACAUCUAUCUAUCUCAGUAGAUUAUCUAUCUAUCUAUCUAUCUAUCUAUCUAUCUAUCUAUCUAUCUAUCUAUCCAAGCUUGUUCAUAUCUAUCCAUUUAUCUAUAUUUCAUCGUUUAUUUACAUCUAUCUAUCUAUCUAUCUAUCUAUCUAUCUAUCUAUCUAUCUAUCUAUCUAUCUAAGCUUGUUCAUAUCUAUCCAUUUAUCUAUGUCGGAUAAAAUCUAUCUAUCUAUCUAUCUAUCUAUCUAUCUAUCUAUCUAUCUAUCUAUCUAUCUAUCUAUCUAUCUAUCUUAUAGAUUACCUAUCUAUCUAUCUAUCUAUCUAUCUAUCUAUCUAUCUAUCUAUCUAUCUAUCUAUCUAAGCUUGUUCAUAUCUAUCCAUUUAUCUAUGUCGGAUAAAAUCUAUCUAUCUAUCUAUCUAUCUAUCUAUCUAUCUAUCUAUCUCACAUGUUCAUAUCUAUCUAUCUAUCUAUCUAUCUAUCUAUCUAUCUAUCUAUCUAUCUAUCUAUCUAUGUUUUAA